UUGCCUCUCCGUCGCAGCGCAGCAGGAGUGAGAUUAGCUCCCCGCCCCUGGUCCCCCCCGCGCCCCCCCCCCCCCCUUCUUGAGAGGUUAGCUAAGGAUGGUGAGAGUUAGCGUCUUGAAUGAUGCCCUCAAGAGCAUGUACAAUGCUGAGAAGCGUGGGAAGAGGCAAGUGAUGAUCAGGCCUUCUUCAAAGGUGAUCAUAAAGUUCCUUAUGGUGAUGCAGAAGCAUGGGUAUAUUGGUGAGUUUGAGUAUGUUGAUGACCAUCGUGCUGGGAAGAUUGUUGUUGAGUUGAAUGGCAGGCUGAACAAGUGUGGAGUAAUCAGUCCUCGCUUUGAUGUUGGCGUCAAGGAAAUUGAAGGGUGGACUGCUAGGCUGCUUCCAUCCCGUCAGUUCGGUUACAUUGUCUUGACGACCUCUGCUGGCAUCAUGGAUCAUGAAGAGGCCAGAAGGAAGAAUGUUGGUGGCAAGGUUCUAGGGUUUUUCUACUAGAUGGCAGUUUAAUGGAAGGGUUUUGAAUCAGUGUAGUAGGAUGUUCGUCCCUAACAUCGGUGUAGUAGGAUUAUGCCUGUGUUCUUUUUGGAAUGGCAUUUAUGCUUUUUUGCUUGUAUUCCUUCAGUUCAAAUGAGCCAGAUUGAACAAAUGCAAUUGCUUUGGAUCACACUGGUGCCAGUUUGCUUACUGAGUCUAUUGGUUCUCUUUCUUCUACCCUCCGUUUGUGUUUAGAAAAGGCUUUCAGCCUUUGUACCAUGAAAGUUUUGAGAUUUUGGUACUUUUGGAUCGUGACAGCCAGAUGAUUCUAUUUCUAUUAUUGUGUUU